CAGCCGCCUGUCCAUGCAAAGCAUGUGAUGAAAGAGAUGAAAAGUAUAAAAGGGCCAAUGACCGACAAAAACACAAUACCCAGUUUGGACUGACACUAUAGCACCUUCUACAACCAACCACGGAGCCAAGAUGAGAGUCGGAGUGCCCAUAUUCCUCUUUCUGGCUGCAGCAGGAUUCCAUACUGGUAUGAUAAUUGUGUGGUCUAUUUUCUCAAUGUCAUAAAGUUUUAAACUUCUCCAAUAUAUUUUUGUUUAAAAUAUCCCUCAGCUGUGACAUUUGAUGAAGCCCUGUACUGCUGAUGCUAGUUGCAAUGCUGUUUCAUGAUGUAUUGUGCAAUGGUAAUGUAAAUAAGGCCCUUAGCCUUUUUUUAUGUGAUUGGUGUUCUAUUGAAUCCUUACAUUUAAUUGCUGACAUGGCCCGAGGAAAAUGUGAGUUGGCUGGAUAUAAUAAUAGUGGUCCUCUGUAGCUCAGCUGGUAGAGCACGGCGCUUGUAACGCCAAGGUAGUGGGUUCGAUCCCCGGGACCACCCAUACACAAAAAAAAAUGUAUGCACGCAUGACUGUAAGUCGCUUUGGAUAAAAGCGUCUGCUAAAUAGCAUAUUAUUAUUGAAGAACGAGAACGGCCACACACUCUUUAAGCUCCCAAUUCAGCGCUGUUUUGGGCGGGGUUGGAUAUAAUCACAUAUCAUUUAUGUUGUGUUGGCUAAUAUAAUAAUCAAAUUUGACAUCCCCAGCUCUGGCUGCAUCCUUGGAAUCGGCAGAAAAAGAGGACACAUUUGGUGAGGAAGGUGAGAAAGUCCAUUAUGGAUGAUGAUAAUGUUGAUGUUGAUGUUUUUGAGUGCAAUGCCUCCCUGACAACUCAUGCAACUCAUAAGACAAAAUAAGAUAAGAUAGUACUUUAUUAAUCCCCCAGAGGGGACAUUUUAUUGUGCAAGCCAAUACAUACAGUACAUUCAUUACCAGUAAAUACACCAUAAAAACACAACAAGGACACACAGACAUUAAAAGCAGCACUUUAUCAAUGGUUUAAAAAAAGUGUUUGUGUUAAAAAAAAACUGAAUGCAACUUUCUCACUUUUUCCAGUGGGGCUGGAGCAGCUAAGUGACCUGCAAAAGAGAGGUACAAUGAUCAAUGUCUCAGAGACGCUUGUAAAGGAGCUUUUGCUCCACGCACAGCACCUACUGGAAUGAAUUUGACUGAAAUCUAAUUCAACUGGAGUUUUUAAAAUCUACUCUAGGGCACAGAUGGCUCAUAGUGCUAAAGCUUGCAUUAAUCAAAAUCAUUUCUCUGCCUUUCUCUGUCCUCAGAUCAGGAGGAGUUUGAAGCAGCUCAAAUGAGUGGUAAGACACAGUGACACGGGCAACGAUUCAGGUUUAUGACCUGUCUAGAAUUGUCCCAGCAAAUAAUUUGUAAUAAUUUCAAUUAACACUGAAAGAACAGUCAUUUCCAUAUUUCCAUCCAUCUACAGAGGAUGCACAGAGUGAGGAUGUACACUACUUGGGUAAGGGAAUCCUACCCUUCUAAAAAACGAAUAAGGGGACAUCAGAGCCAUUGUCUGUAUUUUUGUGCAUUUGGCCCAUUGAUAGUGAAAUAAUAAGAUUUGACCUCUUGUUUUACUUUAACAAAUGUAAUUCUUCUGUCUACGGUAGAGGCUGUUCAAGAUCAACAUACUGGUAAGCACUGAAGUCUGCUGUAAACAUGCAUACUUAUUAAUCAACCAUACCUUUUUGUAAAUGUAGUCCUAUAAAUGUUUUACAGAGGAGAAGAAUGACACUCAUGAGGAGGACAUGGGUAAGUGCAGAUGGCAUAUGAUAUGACAACACUCACAGGAAAAGAUUGGUUACUGACUGGCACAUGGGUUUUUUUCAUAAUUUGUUUAGAUUACUUAUAACUUUACUCGUGUCGUUUUCCAGCAGACAGAGACAGAGACAGAAACAUUGAGACAGACCAACAUGGUAAGGAAAGGUUGAAUGGAUGGUGUUUAAAGACACACCUGUAGAUGGCAAUAAAGUGUCAGAAGACUUACAUGUGUGUCAGCAAGACAUUCUCUGGAUGUUUGGUUGUUUAGUUAUUAUGAUAAUUAUUAAAAUUAUAUAUUUGAGAUUCUUGCCGAUACAUGUACAUGUAUAAGCCUAAGUUUCCCGUUCUCCAACAGAGUCUGAGUCUGAUGAGAAUGUAGAUGGUGAGUAUUUACCUCUCAAUCUUUUUCAAAUUGUCUCAUGUAAAAACACAUGCAGGACUUUUCUUAAUAUACCCUCACAACCUUGGGUUUUCUUUUUCCUCACAGGUAUGAGGCACAAGCGAGGUACGCAUAGAACCAGAGAGUCUCAUGUUCUCUCAGGUUACUCAGAGAAGAUGAUUCUAUCCAAUGUAACACAAAAUAUCCACAACACAUUUGAAACUCACAUGAAACACAAUACCAGCCAUUCACUCACUGGUAUACAAUUUUGUGUUAAAAUAAGAUUUUAACAUAUUCUGUCCCUUCCUAGAACACCUUGAAGCCAACGUUGAAGAAGCAGAUGAAAUGGCAAAUUUAGGUAGGAUAUGAAUAUCUACUUGUUAGUAAAUAGUUUGAACAACUGAAAAUGGUCUUGUUGACUCUGGGAGUAGAUACAUACACUACGUUAUAUAAUAUACUUAUUUUUUCUCUUCACAGAUGAGCUCAUUGAGGACAAAGCCAGAGACGAAGGUGAUCAUUUCUUAAUUAUACCCACCUAGUAUCCAUUUUCCAUAAAAAUGUGUGUUUGCAUGUGUGUGUGUGUUUGCUCUAGCUGUUGUUGAACAUUUUCCACUGCUCAUAAAAUGUAAAGGUUCAGGUUCAGACUGUGUCCCAAGUGGGAUGAAAUAGAAUGUAAAGGAAAGGGCUUCAUUAGGGCUUUCCCCUCCUGUUACUCUCCACAUUUCCGUCUGGUAAAACGGGAAUGUUACAACACACAAUAAACACAUAACUUCCUUUACCACAGCUGUAUAAUAGCAGCCAGGCACAUCCUGGCAGUGAAAACAUGUUUUUAUUACACUCAUGCGAACAAGUAAUGACAUCUUUGUUGUACCAAAAACGUUGCUUUGUAGUGAGCACAUCAACAUAACAUGUUGUAUAAUAGUUUUAUAGUUAUUAACAAGCUAAUUUUAUGAACAGAGAGCAAAAACACUUUUUAUGAACUAUGCCACUGUAAAAAAUGUUUUAUACACCUUUUGUCAAACAAAAAUGUUUUCAAGGUCAAUAGUUCUUUUUGAGUUUAUGAGGAAAAUCACAUCAUAGAGCUAGACUUUAUUGACCUGACCUCAAACCAAAACACUCCAUGGAGAGACUUUGACCCAGACCAUGAGUCACUGAUGUCAAACUAGUUGAACAGGACACUGUCAGCGGCAACAUGAUUGAUUGUUUGAAAGCUUUUAGUGUAUCUAGGACAGAAAUCUAGGGCACUCCAAGACGCCUGUCCCCAGAUGCUUAUCUGUGCUUGAUUUAUUCUGUAUCAUCUGCUGUGUCCUGGGUUAUUUCUGGACCCGAGAUGCGCCGUUCCUUUCCUAACCUGUAUGAGUCAAGGCAGGCACAUAUUUGACAAACUAUAGGACCAAGGUCAAGGUCCUUAUCUAAAUGUUCAGCACUUCAUCUUCUUUAGGCUCUGGAUCUUGAACCCUGAAAACAAAUAAAUAUGAUAUAGUGUAAUAAUUUACAACUAGUUUCUAGAUCAUGGGGUUAACCUGAAAAUGCACUUUACUGGGCAUAAAAGGGGGCCUUAUGUUCUUGAAUCAAUGGUUUUCAUUGGCCUAAGCAACUCUGUGCUAGAAUGAGUCGCCAGGAGACGAUGAAUGGUUGGGGUUGUUUAACGAAUAAUUCAUACACGUGGCUUUGAGACUCCUGCGGGGGAGUAGGAUACUUGUGUGUGUGAUGGUCAUAAAACAAAGGAAUCAAUUCUCACUUUUUCUGCAUCAUAGCUGAGGUAGAGUGAGUCUGCAGGAGGCAUCAUGUGAGGAGGCGGAGCCUGCAGACCUACCACCAUCUUCCAUUAGAGAACCUGAAGAACAUUGUGCAGCGGAACAGUUUACUGUCAAUAAAGAGAAACAUCUCUCACCAUUCUA